GCCGGUUCUUUUCUCCUUUUCCGGAGCGGCGGUGGUGGCGUGCUGUACAGGGCUUUGCAGACAUGAGUGUCCCGGCUUUUAUUGAUGUGACCGAGGAGGAUCAGGCUGGGGAGCUUCGUGCUUUCCUAAAAUCUAAAGGCGCAGAGAUAUCGGAGGAGAACUCGGAGGGCGGACUCCACAUUGACUUGGCUCAGAUCAUCGAAGCAUGUGAUGUUUGCUUGAAAGAUGACGAUAAAGAUGUGGAGAGUGUCAUGAAUAGUGUGGUGUCCCUGUUGCUUAUCCUGGAGCCAGACAAGCAGGAAGCUUUAAUCGAAAGCCUGUGUGAGAAGCUGGUAAAAUACAGGGAAGGGGAACGUCCUCCUCUAAGACUGCAGCUACUGAGUAACCUAUUUCAUGGCAUGGACAAGACCACCCCUGUCAGGUACACCGUAUACUGUGCCCUCAUCAAAGUGGCAGCCAGCUGUGGAGCCAUAAUGUUCAUUCCAACAGAUCUUGAUCAGGUUCGUAAAUGGAUCACAGACUGGAACCUCAGCACAGAGCAGAAACACAUUUUACUCCGGCUCCUCUAUGAUGCUCUUGUUGAAUGCAAACGAAGCAGUGAUGAUGCCGCUAAGGUGAUGGUGGAGCUGUUGGGAAGCUACACAGAUGACAACGCAUCUCAAGCCCGUGUGGAUGCACACAAAUGCAUUGUGAGAGCGCUGAAGGACCCCAAAGCAUUCUUGCUUGAUCACCUCCUUGCCUUAAAGCCUGUUAAGUUUUUGGAAGGAGAACUUAUUCAUGAUCUUCUGACAAUAUUUGUGAGUGGCAAGCUGUCUUCAUACACCAGAUUUUACCAGAAUAACAAGGAUUUCAUUGAUUCAUUGGGUCUGUCACAUGAGCAUAACACAGAGAAAAUGCGACUUUUAACCUUCAUGGGAAUGGCUGUGGAGAGCAAGGAAAUUUCCUUCGAUACCCUUCAGCAGGAGCUGCAGUUUGAGGCAGACGAUGUGGAAGCCUUCGUCAUUGAUGCUGUGAAAACCAAGAUGGUAUACUGCAAGAUUGACCAGACGCAGAAAAAAGUUGUUGUAAGUGCCAGCACACACAGGACCUUUGGAAAGCAGCAGUGGCAGCAAUUAUAUGACGUUCUCAACACCUGGAAAAUUAACUUGACUAAAGUGAAGAACAGUCUACAUAGUAUUUCUGAAGCUUGAUCAUGUUAGCCAUUUCUAUGAACCAUGCUUGAAUAUUGCUACAGCUCUGGACUUUAAAGGCCAACUCCACCCCUAAUACGGAUAUAUCAGUUGUCUGUAGUCGCUGUCAAGUUGAAUCAUAUGCUAACUUUUUUAUUUUUUAAACUCCAGUGGUUUGGUCUUGAUAACCAACAUUCCUUGCAAAUGCCCUGGCAUCAGCCUUGGUUAUGGAUCUGGUUGGCGGGGAGGAAAAUUAGAAUGGGGAAAACUUUUACCACUUGGUGAUAGAAGAUGAUUUAACCUACCAGUGCUUAUCUGAAACUGAAAUAUACCUUUUUAGUAGAGUUGGCCUUUAAUGUGUUUCACCCAUGUCUGUAAUAGCUGUCCUCAGAUUUGUUUUAAAUUAUGAUACGUAAACCCUUUAAGGAAAAAUAUCCAAUACUUUUGUAAUCCUCAUCCCAUAGGUGUGUGAUGGGACACUGGGUUCUAUCAGUGAUCUAUCUCCAGCACUGUGACACUGCUCCUGGCUCUGGCUCCUCUGUCUGUUACUUUUGGAACUGAUAAGAUGCGGCCUUUGGUUUGUGCCUGGUAUAAAAAGCUUGACUCUCUUGGCAGUUUCACAAAGCCUGAAAUAAUGGGAAUUUCUACUUUUACAAAAGCCAGACCAAAUUACAUUAUGAUAUUUGAAACCGACCUGAUAUAAAAUCUGAACAUAACCUCUUA